AGAUAAUAUUUAAUUAUUUUAUAAUAAAUUACUCCGACUAUGUUGACCCACAGGAAACAGAUUAUGUGGAUGUAAAUAUUUGGACUUAGGAAUGUAAUUUGAACGAUUGCUGUCAAAAGUGUCAUCGUCCAGCGAGUACAUAUUCAAUAUUCAUUAUUAUUGUGCUAUAUUUGUUAAAGGUGUUCUAAAUAGCCAAACUGUAUACCUGGGAUUUAUUACUAGAAUUUAAUAUAAGUUAUUUUAUAAAUACCAAUACAUUGUUAAAUAUUUCCUCAACACAAGAGUGCUUAUUGAAUAAUGGUUAUCCCGAGCCCAUUCGUUUAUUGGGCCCAAACAGACAAAACUAUAUCACUAAAAAUUGAUUUAAAAAAUGUGAUCAAACCCGAUAUUAGUGUAGGCGAUAAUAAUAUAAAGUUUAAGACUAAAGGUAUCGGUGCCCACGGAGAAACCCAUUAUGAGUUCAGUUUGGAUUUAUUUUCAUCUGUUAAACCGAUAAACGAAGCUACAACAGUUCGCAUUUUCGACAAUAGAGUAGAUGUCGUCAUACAGAAAGAGAAGCCGUCCUGGUGGCCACGUCUCACCGCUCAGCCACAGAAGCCAGCCUGGCUUAAGAUCAACUUUGAUCUAUGGAAAUCCGAGGAUGGACAGGAAAGUGAAGAGGAACGGAAUGUUAUGCAGGACUACCCCGGUCUGUAUGAUACGUUGCAAAAGGAAGAAAUGGGAUAUCGGAAAGAUUUGAAGAAAGUUUACCUAGUGAUAUACAAUCUGUUCCAAUUUAUUGGAUAUACUUAUAUAUUGUGUGUCAUCGGAAUACGGUAUGCCAAGUUGGAAUAUGAUUCAGUUGCUGAUACAUACGAACACGUCGGUCCGGCCAUGAAAUUCCUUCAACUGAUGAUGUUUUUGGAGGUCAUGCACCCUAUGUUCGGUUACACAAAGGGUGGAGUUCUGGUACCAUUUCUUCAAGUCGGCGGUAGGGCAUUUAUACUUUUUGUUAUGAUAGAAUCUGAGCCUCGGAUGCAGACGAAGCCUGUUGUAUUUUAUCUCUUCAUACUAUGGAGUACUAUUGAAAUAGUCAGAUAUCCAUUCUACAUAGCUCAGUUAUAUAAGAAGGAAAUAUAUGUACUGACCUGGCUACGUUAUACUAUGUGGAUACCGUUAUACCCUUUGGGCAUACUGUGCGAGGCCAUAGUUAUUUUAAGGAACAUACCGUACUUUGAGGAAACAUUGAAAUUUACGGUAUCCAUGCCCAAUGAAUGGAAUUUCGCUUUCCACAUGCCGACAUUUCUACGAGUCUACCUGUUAGUACUCACAUUCCCCGGCAUGUACUUUGUUAUGAGUCAUAUGCAUAAAUUGAGAACGGUGAAAUUGAAACCAAAGAUUGUUAUAAAGAAAUGUAAAUAAAAAUAGUACAUGUACGAUAAAAAGAAGAUUUUAUUUUUAAAUGUGAUUUUGAUAGUUAAAAAAAAUUGUUUUCAACGGAACCUUCCUAAUAAAGCACAUGUUGUAGUUAUGUUAUGAUAAAUUCUCCGUUAAUUACAGACACAAUAAAUAUAUUAUCUAUGUGUUAUGGUAUUAUAUAAUUUUUUUUUAAUUUCAAAAUUGGAACCAUAAAUAACUACGACCGGAAGUGGCUAUUUCUUUAAAUAAAAUGUCAAUUAUUUAGGAAUAUGGGGUUUAAGUUUUUUUGUUUUUUGAUUAAAGUUUCAUGAUACAUUUCAUUUCCCAUUCACAAGUUAUUGUUUGUCUGUGUAUUAAAGGUAUAUCUGUAAAUAGAUGCGGACUUGUUUUAAAUUUUACAUCUGUUAUGUAUACAAUUUUAUAUUCUGUGGCUUGUUAAAAUAAAUGGAUUUUUGUAAA